CAUCAUUGAAUUUAAAGAAACUCUUUUCUUCCAUUUCCCCAUUCCCCCAUUUCUAUAUAAUCCUCUCUUCUCCCCUUCUGCUUGGACCACACAAACAAAUUCUCUCUCUCUCUCUCUCUCUCUCUCUCUCUCUCUCUCUCUUGAAACUCAAGGAUUUUAUUUGCAGUGCACAAUGAUGGCUGCCAAAGAUGAUCUCGGUUUGAGCCUUGGAUUGAGCUUCCAUUCCCACCGCCUCGCUUCCGAUCAUCAUUUGCAGCUCAAUCUCAUGCCCUCGCCUUGGAAUAACGACGCUACCUCCUUCCCUUCUUCCUCAGAUCGGACGUCGGAGACGGGGCGAUCGCUGCUCCGGGGGAUCGACGUGAACCGGAUACCGGCGACGGCGGCGGAUUGCGAGGACGAGGCGGCGAUGUCGAGCCCUAACAGCACGGUUUCCAGCGUGAGCGGGAAACGGAGUGAACGCGAAGAAGCCAACGGCGAGGAUCUGGACGGCGACAGAGCUUGUUCCAGAGGAAUCAGCGACGAAGAAGACGGCGAAACUUCCAGAAAGAAGCUCCGCCUCACGAAAGAUCAGUCCGCGGUCUUGGAAGAAAGCUUCAAAGAACACAACACUCUCAAUCCUAAACAAAAAUUGGCGCUGGCUAAGCAGUUGGGUCUCCGCCCGAGACAAGUCGAAGUUUGGUUCCAAAACAGAAGGGCAAGGACGAAAUUGAAGCAAACGGAAGUAGAUUGCGAGUUUCUAAAGAGAUGCUGCGAGAAUCUGACGGAGGAGAACAGGCGGUUGCAGAAAGAAGUAGCAGAGCUGAGAGCACUGAA